AUGGCAACGUUCUUUCACCAUGGAAGCUCUGAAAUCCAAGCCCCAACUGAUCAUGCUCUCCAGACACUUUAUCUAAUGAACCCCAAUUACGUGCCAUCCUUCUCUGACAGUGCCCAGCAAAACCCAACACCUCCUAGCAUGCUUCUUUUCAAUCACACUCCGCCUCCAACAACCCACCACUUAGUCGGCAUCCCGCUUCACUCUGCCGCCGUUGGAUCAAACAAUUCAGACGAUCACAGCCCUCCAUCCUUGCAUCACCAAACUGAUCCAUCUCGGCUUCACUACAACUUGUGGGGCCCAAUGGGUGGCCAAACCCCCAUCGGAGCCUCCGCGGUGUCCCCCACAAGUGCAACUACUCAACAAGGUUUGUCUCUCAGCCUCUCAACUCAUCAGCAGCCAGGUUAUAAUAGUAACUACAGGCCAUCAUCAUUUCCUGCCGAGCGUGACGUCCCGGCCAAGGGGACUUCUCUGUCGUCGGUGUCGGCUAUAUCACAUGGAUUUUCAGGUGUGCUUUUGGGGUCCAAGUACUUGAAGGCUGCACAAGAGCUUCUGGAUGAGGUUGUUCAUGUUGGAAAGGGAAGCAACGCCGCCGAAUUGGACGGUGGGAUUAAAGAUAAGAUGAAAGUGAGUCGAGAAACAACGGCUGGGAUUGGAGCUAGUUCGAGUGGUGGUGCUAAGCAAGGAGCUGAGCUUAACACAGCACAGAGGCAGGAGCUCCAGAUGAAGAAAGCAAAACUUGUCAGCAUGCUUGAUGAGGUGGAGCAAAGAUACAGACAGUACCACCAACAAAUGCAGUUUGUGAUCACUUCAUUCGAACAAGCCGCGGGUUUUGGUUCAGCAAAAUCAUACACUCAUCUUGCCCUGCAGACAAUCUCCAAGCAAUUCCGGUGCCUCAAAGACGAAAUAUCAGCUCAAAUCAAAGCCGGCAGCAAGAACUUGGGUGAGGAAGAAUGCUUGGGUGCCAAGAUUGAGGGUUCAAGACUCAAGUACAUAGACAAUCAUGUAAGGCAACAGCGGGCAUUGCAACAGUUGGGAAUGGUCCAGCAUAAUCCCUGGAGACCCCAGCGAGGAUUGCCUGAACGAGCUGUUUCCGUUCUUCGAGCCUGGCUCUUCGAGCACUUCCUUCACCCCUAUCCCAAGGACUCAGACAAAGUAAUGCUGGCAAAACAGACCGGGCUUACUCGGAGUCAGGUCUCUAACUGGUUCAUUAAUGCCCGAGUUCGUCUUUGGAAGCCAAUGGUUGAAGAGAUGUACGUGGAGGAGACAAAGGAACAAGAGAAAAAUGGUUCCGGGAACAAUGCAAAUUACAAGGAGUCAGGUUCAACUACUCCACGAGAGAGUGCUUCCACUAGAAUUGAUGAUCAAAUGUUCCGGUCGACGCAUGAAAACUUUAGCAACCAGCAUCCUUCUCCAAACGAGAAGUCGAAUAAUUCUUCAUUGUCAGCGUCUCCCAUGGCAGGGUCUCUUCAAUCACAAUCAGGAUUUAACCUUGUGGGAAUGUCCAACAUGCAAGGAAGUCCCAAGAAACGAAAGAGUUCUGAAAUAGAAAAUUCUCCAAGUAGCAUUCUUUCCGUGGACGCCGAGAUGAAGGCGAACGAAACAAAUAGAGAAAUCACUACAGAUCAUGCCAAUGGUUUUGGCACAUACCCCAUUCCAGAGAUAGGAAGGUUUGAUAUGAAUCCGGAGCAUUUGGCACAAAGAUUUCAUGGAAAUGGUGUAUCCCUCACUCUAGGCCUUCCUCACCGUGAAAACAGCUCUCUCUCAGGAACACAACAAAGCUUUCUCUCCAACCAUGGCCAGAUUAAUAUUCAUGAUCAGCUGGGAAGGAGAUUUAACACAGGAGGAGAAGAUGAUUUUUGUGCAAUCAACCAUCCACAACCUUCACAUUCCGGCAUCGAUUAUGAGGACAUGGACAUGCGAAGCAGAAAAAGGUUUGCUGCUCAAUUGUUGCCAGAUUUUGUGGCCUGA